GCUUUUUGCCCAGGGCCAUGGCGGGCCGGGGCCGCGGCCGGGGCCGGGGGCAGAUGACGUUUAACGUGGAGGCCGUGGGCAUCGGCAAGGGGGACGCGCUGCCGCCGCCCACCCUGCAGCCAGCGCCGCUCUUCCCGGCUCUGGAGCGCCGCGCGGCGCCGCUGCCCGGCGGCGAGGAGGGCGAGUACAUGCUGGCCCUGAAGCAGGAGCUGCGCCGGGCCAUGAAGGGGCUCCCGUACUUUGUCAAACCGGGGGCGCCCCGCAGAGACAUCGAGCGCUACUCGGACAAGUACCAGCUCUCCAGCCCCGUGGACAACGCCAUCGACUGGAACCCAGACUGGCGGCGGCUCCCGCGGGAGCUGAAGAUCCGCGUGCGGCGGCUGCGCAAAGCCCGGACCCCCGGGCCUGUCCCCAAGCAGCAGGUGGCACUGGACAAGGAGGAGGCCAUUAAGAAGCUGGAGAGCCUGGAGAAGAAGGAGGAGGAGGUGACAUCCGAGGAGGAGGAGGAGAAGGAGGAGGAAGAAGAGGGAAAGGAGGAGGAGGAGGAGGAGUACGACGAGGAGGAGCACGAGGAGGAGACCGACUACGUGCUGUCCUACUUCGACAACGGCGAGAGCUUCGGGCCCGACAGCGACGACAACGGCGACGAGGCCGUGUACUGACCCCAGAAGGGGCAUUGAACCCCAAAAAUGGGUACUGACCCCAAAAAUGGGCACCCCAAAAGGGGUACUGACCCCAAAAGGGGCAUUGAGCCCAAAAUGGGCACCCCAAAAUGGGCACUGACCCCAAAAAUGGGCACUGUGACAGGGGGCAC